ACUACAUAUAUAUAGCUUCAGAUGUUUUCAUCAGAUGAAGACCAUGAGUUAGAAAUUGAGGCUGAGGAACUAAUGAUGUCAAACUUUUCAGAGGACACAAAACUUAUUGGCUCACCAACAAUCAGGCCAACAUCCUCACAAUGUGUUAAUUCUAAAGUCUUGUCUUCUAAUUCUGUUGAGUGUGAUUCAGAUUCUGACAGCCUUAAUAAUGAAAAUACUAUUUACACAAGCCCUGUUAUUUCAAAUAAGAAGUUUGGACAUGGCUCAACAGGAAAAUCAACAAUUUAUGUUUGGUUACUUUCAUCAUUUGCAGCUAUUGGAGGAUUCUUGUUUGGAUAUGACACAGGCGUCAUCUCUGGUGCAAUGUUACUGCUUAAAGACAAAUUUUCUUUGUCAUCAUUUUGGCAAGAGGUUAUUGUCAGUGUUACUAUAGGCUCUGCAUUUUUAUCAGCUCUUAUUGGAGGAUAUCUUAACAACAAAUUUGGGAGGAAACCAGUGACUCUUGUAGCAAGUUUUGUCUUUACUGCUGGUGCUGUUGUUUUAGCAUUUGCCUCAAAUGUUACCAUGUUGGUGAUUGGUAGAGUAAUUCUAGGCAUUGGAAUAGGUAUGUUUUAUGAAAUGCAGUUAAACAUUUUGAAGUUUUAUAUAACUAUUCAUGACAUAGAGUCUAAGUUUUAAAAAUAUUGUAAUAUUUUGGUUAAUAUUUGAUUGAUGAGUGUUGAGCAACAGUUUGAAUAUGUCAAUGAUGUAUAUUAGUUGUAGUAGUGAUUUCCAUAAUAUUUUACAUUAAGACAACUGUAUCUUUUAUACAAAAUUAAGUAUUUAGCUUCCAAUAGACUGUAUAGUUUCCAAAUAAAAUUAACCCAUCAUGUAAUUAAUAAUAGGUAACCCUCCUAACAUCUUAAUCAGCAGAUUAAAAGUCUGAAAACUGAAUUAGUAAUUUAAUCCUUUGUAUAUCAAUUUUUGCUUAUAAUUUUAAAAAGUGGAAUAGAUUUCUUUAUAUUGAUAAAAGUGAAUUUUUAUUCUUAAGGUUUUGCAUCUAUGACGAUACCAGUUUACAUAGCAGAAAGUGCCCCGGUCCAUCUUAGAGGUCGCAUGGUCACUGUAAAUACUUUAUUCAUUACUGGUGGCCAGUUCAUUGCAAGCACAAUGGAUGGAGGAUUUAGUUACAUAAAACCUGAUGGUUGGAGGUACAACUUUGAAAGUCGUUUUGUUAGCCUCUUGUUGUAACAUUUUAAUAAGAAGAUGUAACACAUUAGCAAUAGAGUUAUGUUAUCAAAUAUUUUUUGAACCUAUGGAAAUUUGCUCUGCCUUCCAAUUAAAAAAAAUGAUGUCACAAGUUUUAUGAAUAAAUAGUGGAACAAGAUAUGUUUAGCCUUGAAAAAAAAAAAACAGGACAAUUAAUAGUUUUUUUUGGCUGAAACCUUCUUCAGCAGACAAGACGAAACGAGAAACAACAAAUAAUUAGAAAUUAAAAAUGUUUGUGUUUGAAUAUCUCAAUGAAAAUCUCUCAGUCUCUGCCUAGAAACUAUAGAGCUACAAAAGCUUUAUAACUAGUAUAAUGUCCUAUAAAAUAAAUGAUUCCAAAUUUUCAGGGUGUUUAUGUUUUUGUUUUUUUAAUGCUUGAUCACGUCAUGAUUUUUUAAGGCAAUAUCUUAAAAAUAAAUUCCCAUAUUUAUGAUUUACAAUUUUGACUCUGUGAAAGAGAUAUGUGUAUGAAAGUCAGUUAAUUAAUGAAAUAAUGUUUGUAAAUGAAAUCGACCCAAAUUUUAUUAUUUAUAACCUGCUUUUAUUUUACAUAUAAUAGUUAAAUAGUCUUAUAAGGUUAAUAAUAAUACAUUUUACCAGUAUUUCCUUUACCUUUACAUUUAUAAAGUUUUAUUAAAUGUAAACAUUUUUUAUGUACCUGUACUGUUUAUCCAUUGGACAGAUACAUGCUUGGAUUGGCAGGACUGCCUUCAUUGAUACAGUUUUGUGGAUUUAUAUUUUUACCUGAAAGCCCUCGCUGGUUAAUUAGCAAAGGAAGAGAAAAAGAAGCAUUAGAAAUACUCAUAAAAUUACGUGGCACUCCACAUGUGGAGACUGAAAUUCUGGAAAUAAAACAGACUGCUGAAAUGGAGUCAGUUCAUAUCAAUAAAGGUAAACAAAUCUUUGGAGAUUCUGUUAAAACUUAGCUGGCCAAUGCUAAUAAUGUGACUUAGUGGAAACUUCUUUGCCUUACAGGUUGUUUUUGGUAGUAUUAAUAGUUUUAGAAAAUAACAUAUGGUUUAUUCAUUCUAGGAAUACUUCCACGCGUUGAUUGCAGUACAUAUUUUUACAUUUUCUCCAUUUGAUAACUUAAACAUUUUUCAUCCAUUUAGCCAUUUAGGAUUUUUUUUUUUUGGUUUCAAAAUGGCUUCUGUCUAGAGUCAUAUCCUCUAACUACACUGUGUACUAAAGCAAUUAUGCUUAAAAAUGGUAACAACUACAAAUUCACAAUUCUAAAAUAUCAUUAACAUGCAUUCAGUUCAAUAUACAGUUUCUUGAUACUUAUUAUUGACUUUACUCAACUGUAUAAUCUUGACAAAUGGCUAUACAAUAUUUUACAAAUAAUAACACUGCAGUGUAGCAGCUGUAAUGCCCCCCUGGCAAUUCUAUGCUUCCUUCCUAUGGGAUUUUCAUCGUUAUCUUGACUUAAACAUGCAGGGUGCCAACUGAUGCCCUGUAUGGUUUAUGUACAAUGCCACAGACUAAGCAUUUCACACCAUGGUUCAACUUGACAGGAUACAGAACAUUAAAAAAAUUCAGCACAUUAUUUUAAUUUUUUUUAAAUUGAUGCAAAGAAUAAUUUUGUUAGAGUUAGAGUUGAACUUAUUUCAAACAACUGAUUUAAGCAGCCUGAUGGCCACUAAACUCUCAUAUUAUUUAGGUCAACUUUUUUUCAAGCUACUGGUAACAGUAAUAAAAAAUUCAAAUGCAUUUUCUUCUAUGCAGACAAAAUAAUUUUUCUUUGAGUUUUAUUUUAUGGAAUAUGCCAAAACAUGAAAAACUGAAUUUGCAGGGAAGAAAAAUUUAAUUAAAUAUACACAAAUGAACAACAUGAUUAAUUAAAACUCUUGAUUCUAGCAUUUUUAUUUUCUAAAUUUGUUUUUACUUUUUUUAAUUGUUUAAACAUUUAACUCCAGAUGGCAAUACCUUUGUAAGAAUCUUGAAAACACCUUCAGUAAGAAGAGCUCUAAUUGUCGGGUGUGGGCUUCAGUUGUUCCAACAGCUUAGUGGAAUAAAUACAGUAAUGUACGAAGAUAUUCAAAUAGUGUGGAUUAGACUUCUUCCUAGUUUUUAGUUAUUUAACUCACUAAAGUACAUUUUCUGAUAUGUUUGUUUUUAAUUUUAAAUCUUGAUGACACUAAUUAAUAAUCAGUCAUUUAUAUUAACUUGCCAUAAUAAGCAGUUGAACCUAUUUUAUUUAAAGGUACUACAGUGCGACGAUAAUAAAGAUGUCUGGAGUGAGUAACCAGCAGACGGCUAUUUGGCUUGCAGCACUCACUGCAGGAAUAAACUUCCUUUUCACAAUUGUUGGUGUUUGGUUAGUGGAAAAGAUAGGAAGGAAAAAACUCAUAAUGGGAAGUCUUACAGGUAAAUAUAAAUUAGACAAACACAAAACUAAAAGGUUCAUUUUAAGAUGCCCGCCUUUAAAUUAAAAACAUUUUGUUUCAAAAUAAUCUCACUGUUAAAAAUUGCUUAGUAAACAUAGAAAAUGUUGUGGCUUAGUAUUUGCUGUAAGCUCAUAUCUUUAAAUCGCAGCCUGCAGCCUAAAAAUAAUACCGGUAUAUUAAAUAAAUAAUGGAAUCAAUGACUUAAAAUUUUACAUGGAAACAUUAUAAUUGGAAAUCAAAUUUUUAACAAUUUACUGCAAUAAAUUAAUACUUUUAACAGAAUUAUAUAUCAUUUUAGAUAUUUAACAUUAAAAAAAGUAAUGGAGGCAGCAGUAGAACAAGAUAUGUUAAAUCUUUAAAAGAGAGGACAAUCAAAAUAACCUUUUAGCCAUAUACAUUCUUCAGCAAGACUUUUGUGUUUAAAUUUUAAAGAAAUUUAAAGACUUACAUGCAACAAUUAAGUCAAUAGAAAAAUAAGGUAUGUUAUAAUAUGUUCUGAUCUUAUUGUCAUUUCUUUAUUUUCUUCAGGAGUUAUAGUCAGUUUAGUUGUGCUUGCAGUAGCCUUCCAGUUGGCAGCCUUCAAUUCACCAGAAAUCUUCCCAAGAACAAUUGAACCUUCAAAUAAUAACACAUGUUCAUUGUAUAGGUAAACUUCUGUAGAGAUCUUACUAAAAUAUGUUGCAGGCUUCUAUAGAUCUGAUCUGAAAAAUUAUAAAAAAUUUUUUAGAAUAUUUUAGUGAAUUAAAUUUUUUAAUGCUUUUCAGUUAAUGGAAAAAUAGGGAUUUUCUUAAACUGAUUUGCUUGGCUCAUUAUUGUGUAAAAUUAAAACAUCAUUGCACAAUAUUUACUAGCUUUUUGCUAAUUCGCUUUAUAGCUGAGGGCACAUGAUAAUUUUUUAAUAGUAGUUUAAACCACAAUUAAUUUCAGUAUCUUCUUUUGAUUUUGUUUUCAUGGAGUAAAAAAUAGAUCCUAAAAAUGUUCACAAAUUUGUUAUAUUUGAGUCGAUUGAUAUUAUUGAAUCCUAAGAGUUCAAGGAAACAUUUAAUGAAGCCAUGGACAAAUUAAUUUAAUUGCCAAAUUUGACUUCAUUACUUUAAUGAUAAGUAACCAAAUUAUUAUUUUGAUCUUUUAAUUUUACAAUAUAUAUAUUUUAAAUGAUCCUCUUUUAAACUGGUUUUUUUACUUUCAGAUCUUGUGAAUCUUGUAUAGAGAAUGCCAACUGUGGAUUCUGUUACACAGGAAGUGGAUCAUCCAUAAAUGGAUCAUGCUUAGUCACAGAUCCAAAAGAAAAUGACCACUCAGAUUAUGGAGAAUGUCAAAAUACAAGUUUAUCAGGAGUAUUAUGGGCUUAUGACUAUUGCCCUACUUCAUAUUCUUGGAUGGCCAUCUUUGGUCUGGUCUUGUACCUAAUGUUUUUUGCACCAGGUGAAUGUUGUCAUAAGAGCUGUAUCAGUCAAAUAGUAGUACUCAUAUUUCUAGUUUAUAUAGUCAAAUUUACUUAAUUGCAUUUUUAAUUGCUGUGACUCAAUCUUAUGUGGAUAAAGUUUAAUGAAAGGUAAUUAAUUAUUGUUUUAAUAAUUUCAAAAAAAAUUACAAUUUAAAAAAUUAUAAUAUUCUUCUUUAAUUUAAGGAAUGGGUCCAAUGCCUUGGACGAUAAAUUCAGAAAUCUACCCGAUUUGGGCAAGAUCAACAGGGAAUUCCCUGUCUGCUGCAACAAACUGGAUUUCUAAUUUGAUAGUUUCCAUGACAUUCUUAACUCUCACUGAAACUCUGACCAAGUACGGUAGGUAGAAGUAGAAGCUGUAGCUGUUCAUAUUGUCUUUUACUGAAACUCUGGCCAAGUACGAUAGGUAGAAGCUGAAGCUGAUUAUGGUGUUGCCCCUUUUGUUCAUUUAAAACAUGCUUUUAAUGAGAGACUUAUUAUUCUUCACGUUUUUAACUUUUAAGAUGAGUUUGAUAUUUUCAAGACAGUAAAUAAGUUGUUUCCCCUUAAAGUAAUCAUUCCUAUAAUAUUCUUGAUGACAAAAAACAUCAUAUUCCUUUAGAUCUUUAUAAGUUCUGCGUGUUUAUUGUAGUUUUCUUGAGUUUAUAUAUUUUUGUAAUUUAGUGAUAUUUUAAAGCAAAUAUUAUUUGAUAAGCUACAAUUGAAUAAGUUGUAAUGUGAUAAAGUGAUUUAACUUCUUCCCAUCAGGAACCUAUUGGCUUUUUGUUGGGAUUGCAAUCUUAGGAUUAGUUUUCUUUGGUGUUUGUUUGCCUGAAACAAAGGGGUGUAAGCUGGAGGAGGUGGAGGAACUCUUCGCUCAGCCUUGGCGCACCUGUCGUGAGAAGUCAAGACAACAAUAUAGUUCUUUGGAAAACAGGUCACCCUCAUAGUGUUUGUAAACGUACUUUUUUUUUAGACUAAAUUUUAAUGUGAGCCUCUUUUAAGGCUGAUGUUUUUUCAGUAAUAAUUUUCCUUUUAGUUGAGCCAGCUUUUCUUUAAAAUUGAUUAAAAUGUAUUAAAUAUUGAAUGUUUUAAGCCAUUGACAUUUAAUCUUGUAAUAAACA